AAGAAAAUUAUUUUGCCAGUAAAAAAGCACCAGGUGGCACAAGGUGGCAUGGACCAAUGAAAAGACUAAAGUCAAAAAGACAUUGGUUCAGAGUUCUGGAGCACAAACUCGUUGGGUUGAAGAGGAGAAGGAACUUUUUGAAGAAAGGACUGGCACAGUUUGGCCACAGGUGGACUAAGAUCUAAUCUAAGAACUAAUCGGCACUAGGACAGUUCUACAGAUCAAGAGUUAUGCUAGAUAGGCAGUACUUCAAAGAUAAGGAUGGGCGCCACAGUGUUUGUGCAGCCGCUGGACCUGGUGAAGAACCGAAUGCAGUUGAGCGGUCAGGGCUCCAAGGCUCGCGAGUACAAGACCAGCUUCCAUGCCGUGACCAGCAUCCUUCGCAACGAGGGCAUCCGUGGUAUCUACACUGGACUCUCUGCGGGUCUGUUGAGGCAGGCUACCUAUACCACGACCCGUUUGGGCAUCUACACGGUCCUGUUCGAGCGCAUGUCCAAAGCAGACGGCACACCUCCCAACUUCUUCAUGAAGGCUUUAAUAGGAAUGACUGCUGGGGCCACGGGGGCGUUUGUUGGGACGCCGGCAGAGGUGGCGCUUAUUCGAAUGACGGCUGAUGGGAGGUUGCCUCCAGAUCAAAGGAGGGGUUACACAAAUGUCUUCAAUGCCCUCAUCAGAAUUACUAGGGAGGAGGGAGUCACCACACUCUGGAGGGGUUGCAUACCCACCAUGGCUAGAGCAGUUGUUGUGAACGCAGCCCAACUCGCUUCAUAUUCCCAGUCCAAACAAGCACUGUUGGACUCUGGAUAUUUCAGAGAUGAUAUCCUGUGUCAUUUCUGUGCCAGUAUGAUCAGUGGACUGGUCACCACUGCUGCCUCCAUGCCAGUGGACAUUGUUAAGACCAGAAUCCAGAACAUGAGAAUGAUUGAUGGGAAGCCCGAGUACAAAAAUGGUUUGGAUGUAUUGGUGAAGGUCAUAAGAAAGGAAGGAUUCUUCAGUCUGUGGAAGGGUUUUACUCCUUAUUACGCUCGUCUCGGGCCACACACAGUUCUCACCUUCAUCUUCCUGGAGCAGAUGAACAAAUUCUACAAGAUCUAUUUCCUUGACUCCUAGAUUUGUCCUGAAGGUCAUCUGUGGACAGCACAGGCCAUAUUUCCACAUUAUGUUUCUCUCCCACAUCCGGUUUACCAGUAUAGUUUCCAUUUUUGAUGGUUGGUAACAGAACCACUUUACCAACUGGGUUGUGACCCUUUGCUGUGGUGGUGACUGUGAAGACAAUUUGGACUCUUCUCUUAAACAGACUGACUAGCUAAACUAUAAAUUGAAUUGAAUGAAGGGAUUGUUCACACCAGUCAUCCCUCUUUUAGUUUUAAAUGAUAUUAUAUGAUAUUUAUGCCCCCCCCCCACCUUCCACACACAUUUUUGCUCCUUAAAGGUCAACAGCUGUACUGACCUGUCAACAGAAGUAGUUGUGAGGAAUUGUUGUCAAUACAGACGCUGAACCUGUAUUCUGAGUGAAAUCAUACAUUUUGUCUUUAUUUCAUAAUUCUGAUUCUUACCACCAUGCACAACAUGAUCCCUAUGUCCUACCAUAAAGGACUGCUUUGCAGUGAACAUUUGGUGAUGUUUGCUAACGUUGAGGACAAUUAACUGGAAAUUGUGUUGUAAUAAAGAUAACGUGGUGUGUAAAGGCCACUACCGCACCAUAUAGCUUGUUGUGAUGUAUUAAAUGAUAUAAUAAUGUAUUUCAGAAUUCAUUUUCUGGUCUGAGGAGCUACAAAACUAGACACAACUUGAUAUUUUCUUCCUAGUAUGCAAGGCUUAGUGUUUUUGUUUUUAAUGAAGAGCAGUAUCAAUCAAACAGCCCAGCUUUUUUUAAAUCCUUCUAUUGUAACUUUCACAUCAAGUAAAGUAUUUGAAAGACUGACCA